AUAGCUUCCUCCGACGCUCCACCAUCUCUCUCCUGAAAACAAAAAAAAAUUAAAAACAAGCACACCUGAACUGAAUCAGUGGCAGUUUCGUGAAUACGCGACUGAAUCCAAUCUCUGUUAGUUUCUUCCUCGCCAUUAUCAUUCUUCUUCGUCUGCAUCUUUAACCUUCUUUUUAUUUGGUGAUACGAUCUCCGGUGAUCAGCUAAAAGUUAUUCUUGUUCUGAGUGUGAAGAAGAGGUUUUUGGGACAAAUGGAGAAUGUGUUGGUGGAUCGUGAUGGAGAUGAAGAUCUUUCUUUGUUUCUGGAGAUGCGAAGAAAGCUUCAAAUCGUUUCCUCUGUUCCAGAAUCUGGAGCAAACAGUGUUGACAAGAGUAGCACAAAGAGUUUAGAGCUCUUGGAAACGAGCUGUGUUCAGCCGCGUAGGAGCGCUGUUGAAAAGUUUUUGGACUCUGAGAGUGACAAAUCUGAUUACGAAUGGUUACUUGCGGCUCCUGAGACGCUAGGAGGGCAAGAGAACUUAAUGGUUAAACUCAAAGAGACUAAAGCUAGGUCCAGUACUGCUCUGAAACCACGGGUUGAAAACAUUCCGCAAGAACCUGUGACACGGAGCGCCAAGGCUUCCAAGACAAUCCCAAGAACUACUUUAAGCAAACAAGUCAGCAACACCGCUGAAAAAGUAAAACCAAGCAGUAAAACGUCAAGACAAGCCACACCCACUUCACGAACUACAUUACCUUCCACUAGACUAACCAAGUCUGCUCAGAGUUCAAAUCCAGACACUAGAACCCCUACAAUCAAGUCCAAUCCAAGAGCAUCUGCCUAUACCCGUUCAUCUUCUGUGGGGAAGUCGGUUUCUAGUGCUAAAUCUAAAACUCCAACAAUCCCUGAGACACGUACUAGACCUGUCUCAGCCUCAAGAAGCAGAGUGUAUAGCUCAGGUGACAGGUCGACAGGACGGUGCAAGAUUAGUAAUGAUGUGAAUCCUGUGUUGAUGGGGACUCAAAUGGUGGAAAGAGUUGUGAACAUGAGGAAACUGCCACCUCCAAAAUACGACGAUAAAACGAGCUUGGGUUUUGGGAGAAAUCUCUCUAGGUCCUCCCUUGACAUGGCCUUGAGGCACAUGAACAUAAGGCGUAGUAGUGUUUCGAAGAAUCUGAGGGUAACAAUCAAUACCCCAACAAAUUUGAUGGACAAAAACGAGUCAUCGUGAUAUAUCCUCAGCUUUGGUGAUGAACUCUUAUGGAAAUUACCUUAUAUUUUAGCUACCUAUUAUAUAUAAACUAGACGCUACAUAGUAUUAUUUCGAACUUGUUUCAUUAGAGAAUUGUUUCCUAGCAACCAUUUGUUGGUUAUAUGUAUGAAGUAUCUCUCAUUAGACAUCGACUAGUACAAGUUGUAUCUCUCAUAUCAUUAGACAUCGACUGGUACAAGUUGGAACCUAGCCGAGUCUUUGAGAAUCAAGAGAAAGAUAUAUUCUUCAAAACGUCCGUAUACAGUUUAGACUAUUUUGUUACAAC